GCUGCGCACGGCCCGCAGCGCUCAGGGCCUCCCUUUGCGCCCGGCUCGCUGCCCUCUGCCUGUGGCUGCGCCGCGCUGGGCCGGGCCGGGCUGGGCUGCGCUGCGCUCCCUGCCUGAGGGCAGCUGCGACCCGCAGGUUUUCGGCCUCGCCAGCCCCAGCUUCUCUUGCCUUCCCUGCUCGUCUGUGGGCUUUUAUACCCUGAGGAGUUCAUUUGGCUUCCCUAGGGGCGGCAGCGAGGCGCUUUUGUUUCAGCCUUUCUCGCAGAGGUGCUGAGGUGAGGCGCGGCCUGAGGGCAGACAGAAGAGUAUCUACAGAAUGGCAACUGCUCAGAAGCAAAGGAAUUGUGUGAGUGCAAUUGUAUUCCCUAACAAAAUAUCUACUGAACAGCAAUCCCUGAUGCUAGUGAAAAGACUCCUGGCAGUAGCAGUGUCCUGCAUUACCUAUCUGAGAGGGAUUUUUCCUGAAAGUGCCUAUGGAACAAGAUACAUGGAUGAUGUCUGUGUCAAAAUUCUGAGGGAAGACAAGAACUGCCCUGGCUCUACUCAGCUGGUGAAAUGGAUGUUAGGAUGCUAUGAUGCCUUGCAGAAGAAAUAUCUCAGAAUGAUUGUCCUAGCAGUCUAUACCCAUCCAGAAGAUCCUCAGACCAUUACAGAAUGCUACCACUUCAAAUUCAAGUACACCCACAAUGGACCACUGCUGGAUUUUGGCAGUAAGAACAAGAGGAAUGAUUCCACAAUCACCUGUGCAGACACCAGGAAAGCAAGUGUCCUGCUGAUCCGCAAGAUCUAUGUUCUGAUGCAAAACCUGAGCCCCUUACCAAGUGAUGUGUGCCUGACUAUGAAGCUGUUUUAUUAUGAUGAAGUUACACCCUCUGACUACCAACCUCCUGGGUUUAAGGAGGGUGAGUGUGAGGGGAUGAUAUUUGAGGGGGAGCCCAUGUAUCUGAACGUGGGUGAAGUGCCAACACCUUUCCAUAUGCUGAAAGUGAAAGUUACAACUGAAAAGCAACGAAUGGAAAACGUUGAUAGAAGCAUCCUAAAGCAGGGAGAGAGGAAUGUGCCCAUCCAAGUGCUCAGAGAGGACCGAGAUGAUCCAGAGGAAGAGGACCAGAACAUGAAUGAAGCUCCUGUGUUGGAUAAUGAAGAUAGGAAUAAUGUAAACAUUUCAGAAGCUCAAGAACCAAAUCUAACUUGUGAAGAAGAUGAAGUUAGAAAGGCUGAAGGGAACCAGAAUCUCUGUGUUUCUAACCCUCAGGUUGAUCAUUUGGCAAGUAAAACAUCUCAACUGAAUAUGUCAGAGAGCAGGACAAGAAGUGGAAGGAUAUUUCAAAGCACUAUUCAUCAGCUUGAGCUCUCAUCUAGCCAGGAUGUGCUGCCCAAAAGGAGGAAGAUGAGUGAACCAAAGGACCAGUUCUAGACACCCAUCUCCCUGCCGCUUGUUUCCCGAGUUCCACACCACUUCCAUGUUGCUGUUUCAUGUGAAUAUUCCUGUUUAAAUAUCUCCUAGAGGUAUUUUCUGUUCUAUUUGUAGUGUAAAUUAAGAGUAUUUUAGGGAAAGAAAAUCUGUUCAAAAAGGCAUAGCUGAAGAAAUCUGAACAUGUAUUUUUAAUGAGGUUGAACCCAUCAGGAAAGGCAGAAGGUAUCUGGCUGCAGAUGGGAGUUGAGAGCCAAUCUGCAGUGAAGGGAGGAGGAUUUAUCUCUGCUUAUGACCUGUGUAAAUCCUGAGGGUGAUGAGGGAACAACACUACCCACAGCACAGGGCUUCACCAGUUACUUUUGGGCUGCAUUAUAAGGCUGAGCCUGCCUCAUGAGGCACAGGACCCCUCAAGUCUUGGGUUCCUUUCCAGAGCUUUCUGGAGGGCUCUGGUCACCUACAGCACUACAGUUUUUCUCUUUACUACUGUGACAGUUGGGCCUGGCCCUUUGCAUCUCUUCCAGACUCUUAGACACCAGUUAAUUAAAAACCAAGAAUUCUUCAUACCUUCAGUGACAUAUUUGAUACCAAAAUGCAGGUUUUUCUGUACAGCUGUGAUGUGAUUAAAAAGCUUUACCCUGUGGCAGCAGCUUGUCAUAGUGCUGUGAGGCUAUGUGGAGACACCUGCUUGUAGGUGCAAUGGGGAGCUGCAGAGGCUGGGCAUGGUGCCAUUUCUGACCAAAAUGUUGAUUCAUUUUUCCUGUGCACUGAAUGAAUUGAAGCUGUUUCUGUGUGGCAAAGAACUGUCAGUCUCCAGGUGGGGACAGCUGAGCGUUCUUUGACGUGUUUGACUCUUACUUUAAGAAAGGCUUUUUUGUCAUCCUCCAUUAAACCAGUGUUAGGAGCUGCUA